AUCCAACUGCCCGUCUUCUUAAUUCUUACAACUAUUGAAUGAUGAUGUCAAUUUACACUUGGACGGUGACGAGAUUGACGGUGAUGGCUUUUAACCGUUAUAUAGUGGUCUACUUUUCCGUUAAUGGCGCACGUUAGACGAAGGCAUAUAUACCCAAAAACACCUUGCACGAGAAAAAAGAGACCAAAUUUAUUUUGUAGUAAUUCGAAAGCUUCUUUUCUCAGUUUUGAUGGCUGGGUGAAGCCAACGAUAUCUCCGUAUUUCUUGCCAAAAGAUUCACAAUUCUAUAUUUCGCUUAGCUGUUUUAUGUUUUCUUCAUUCCAUUCCAUCCAUGUGUUGAGUUCUCUUCGUUACAAUUCACCUGUCGGAGAAGGUGAAGGUGCUUUAAAUCUGAAAGUCCCAAUUUUUUUUCUUAGCUCCGAUUCAGCUGAUCUGAACCCUUCAUGUCCGUCGGCGCCGGUGAUGUCUGAAGCUAUAAAGUCGAUUGCUGUUUCUAACUGCACUGGAUCAGUAAAGAAAAAGCAUUCGCAUUGGCCCUUGGUGAAACAGCUGCUUAUUCCAUUUAUCAUCAUCAUAUGCACUGCCAACGCUGAUUUCACUGACAACCAAACCCAAACGGGGGCACAAAUUUUAUCUCCACCCACUAAUGAAAUCCCUGAUCUACCCCUGCCAGUCAGUCUUCCAUUGUUCCAGAAACAACAUCAACACAGGAGACGUCUUUCCCCCCUUGGUGCACCAAAGCUCGUGCUAUCACCAGCUCAGCCACCUAACUAUGGAGCAUUCAUAGCUUCGACUCAGCCUCCUUCAACUUCAAUCUCAAAACCUUCAAUCAGGAAAAGCGAAACACUGCCUCCUGCCACCAUGCUUACACCUCCACGCUUAGCAGAUAUUGCUCCUGCUCAGUCUCAAUCUGGUGCUGGUACAUUACCUACUGGCUUAGCCCAGCCACCAUUGUCUCCUCAUUCCUCCAACUGUUGUGGACCUGAAACUGUACUGAAACGGGACAUGGAGGGAUGCCACUGUGUGUAUCCGAUAAAACUUGACAUUCUCCUGUUGAAUGUGUCAUCUAACCCGAAUUGGAAUCUAUUUCUUCAGCAGUUUGCUACUCAACUUGGGCUCAGGGUGUCUCAGAUUGAGCUAAUCAACUUUUAUUUGCUGAGCUUAUCAAGACUUAACAUUUCAAUGGACAUAACUCCACAUACUGGAAUCAGUUUUAAUUCCACAGAAGCUUCUGAAAUAAACUCUUCACUUUCUACACACAAGGUUCAUCUAGACCCCAGGCUCGUGGGUGGUUACCAGCUUCUCAACUUAACCUAUUUCAAGCCUCUUGCUCCUGCUCCAGCACCUCACAUAGCUACAUCACCCACAAAGUCGCCUCCUUCAUUGCCUUCAACUCCAACAUCAGCCAAUAAUUCUUCUUCUGGUCGUGGAAAGCACCUGAGCUUGAUGCUUCUUGUUGGCAUUGCUGCUGGAAUCCUUUCUGUUGCUGUAAUUUCUGUGCUUAUACUUUGUUCAUGUGCUUCACGUAGACGAAAACCAGAAGCAUCACCAAAAGAAACUGCAGCAGCAGCAGCAGCUAAGCCAAGGGAAGGAGGAUCUUUUCCGCAUCCUACGAGUACAAGAUUUCUUGCAUAUGAAGAACUAAAAGAAGCGACUAAUAACUUUGAAGAUUCAAGUAUACUUGGUGAGGGUGGUUUUGGAAGAGUUUUUAAAGGUGUGUUAAGUGAUGGCACACAGGUGGCAAUAAAGAGGCUUUCUAGUGGAGGGCAACAAGGGGAUAAGGAAUUUUUGGUAGAAGUUGAGAUGCUCAGUAGGUUGCAUCAUCGCAACCUUGUGAAGCUUGUUGGUUACCACAGCAACCGUGAUUCUUCUGAAAAUCUUCUUUGCUAUGAGCUUGUUCCAAAUGGAAGCUUGGAGGCUUGGCUCCAUGGCCCACUAGGGUUGAACUGUCCCUUGGAUUGGGAUACGAGGAUGAAGAUUGCCCUUGAUGCUGCAAGGGGACUGGCAUAUCUUCAUGAGGAUUCACAGCCUUGUGUGAUCCACAGAGAUUUCAAGGCUUCUAAUAUCUUACUGGAGAACAACUUCCAUGCUAAAGUUGCAGACUUUGGGCUAGCUAAACAGGCCCCAGAGGGCAGAGCAACCUAUUUGUCUACUCGUGUUAUGGGCACAUUUGGGUAUGUGGCUCCUGAAUAUGCCAUGACUGGACAUCUGCUGGUGAAGAGCGACGUGUACAGCUAUGGGGUGGUCCUGCUUGAGUUGUUAACGGGAAGGAAGCCUGUGGAGAUGAGCCAACCAUCCGGACAGGAGAACCUGGUCUCUUGGGCUCGGCCAAUUCUAAGAGAUAAGGAGCGAUUGGAAGAAGUUGCAGAUCCGAAGCUUGGGGGAAAGUACCCGAUUGAAGAUCUGGCUAGGGUUUGUACGAUCGCAGCAGCUUGUGUGGCCCCAGAAGCAAACCAACGCCCCACCAUGGGGGAAGUUGUACAGUCGCUGAAAAUGGUGCAGCGUGUCACGGAGUAUCAGGACGUGGGACCCGCGGCCACUGCCACUCAGAAGCAAUCAUCCACUACAUUUGAAUCAGACGGGACGUCUUCUAUAUUCUCCUCCGGUCCUUACUCUGGUCUAAGUGCCUUUGAUCAUGAUAACAUAUCCAGAACAGCCCUCUUUUCGGAAGACCUUCAUGAAGGAAGAUGAAGAUGAUUUUGGUCAAUUUGGGUUUGGGUUUGGGACCGGGACCCGGCUUGGGGGAAAAUGCUUAAUUGCUUGCUGAAGCUUUCUGCUUUCCUAUCCAUUCCUCGUGAGAAAGAUUUGACCUCGACCUGUGUUUCUGUAUAAUGGAAACAGGGAAUGGGCUCACAGACGGGUAUUAGUGUAUUGGUUUCACUGUACAGUAGUAACACUAUGUUUUUACAUACGUAAUUGUAAUUGUAAUUGUUAGGAGAGUUUUUUUUUUUUGCUAAGAAUUAUUUACUCCGUCUCUUCUUCUGUAUUUUAACAAUCAUGAGUGAGUUGUCAAUGAUCAUGAGAAAAACCAAAAUUCAUGUUA